ACCGCCUCCAUUCCUCUCUGCUCUGUUCUGCUCCACCACCCUGAUGACGACGAGGCCAGACGGCAGCGCCUCCACGCCCGCGGACAAGCAGCUCGUGGCGGCCUCCAACGGCAACGGCAACGGCAACCCGCUGGCCGUCCGCAAGGCGCCCUCCAAGGACCGGCACAGCAAGGUGGACGGGCGAGGCCGGCGCAUCCGCAUGCCCAUCAUCUGCGCCGCUCGCGUGUUCCAGCUCACGAGGGAGCUCGGGCACAAGUCCGACGGACAGACCAUCGAGUGGCUGCUCAGGCAGGCCGAGCCCUCCAUCAUCGCCGCCACCGGCACCGGCACCACGCCGGCCUCCUUCUCCACCUCGUCCCCGUCAUCGCUCCGCUCCUCCUCGUCCUCCACAGCCGGCGUCCACCCGCACGCCGCCCCGGCCCAGGGGUUCUGGGCGCUGCCGGCGCGGGCCGACUUCGGACAGCUCUGGAGCUUCGCGGCCGCGCCGGAGAUGAUGGUCGCCGCGGCUGCAGCAGCAGCGCCGGGCAUGGCCGGGGAGGCGUCCGCCGCCAGGGUCGGCAACUACCUCCCCGUCGCGCAGGGCAACCUCAACCUGCUGGCCUCCUUCUCCGGCGGGCCUGCUCCCACAGCGGCCGCCGGACGGGCCGAGGAGGAGACCGCCCGCUAAGGGUCGUCAAUUCCCAGUCUCUCUGUGUGUGGCUCAAUCCGGGAUAGACAGUGUCACUCUCACCCAACUCUCCAUUUCUUUUUUUGGGGUUCAGUUCAGAUCAGUGUUGGCCACCCGAAUUGGGUGGCCUUCCACUCCAUCCCAGUGAGCAAUCAAGCAAGGAGGAGCUGCAUCAGCUCUCCCUCCCGUCCUAUCUAUCUAUAUGAUUUUUUUUCUUUCUUUUUGAGCAUUGGAUUAGUGCUCUCAACUACCCACAAGUGUUUAUUAGUCAGCCAGCUCCUUCAGUGCUACUAGCAGCUCAGUUCAGUCCAUGGUAUGUGUCCGGAUUGUUUGCUGAUGUGCUUGUUGAUCAAUUAAUGGACAUAAUGGUUGCGAAA